UUUUUUUUUUUCUUUCUUUCUUUCUUUCCUUUCUUUUUUCAUCUUUUCUUUGAUCUCUUUCUAUGCCACAACAAUAUAAUCUGUCCUCUUCCAGCUUAUUAAAUAGUAAUAAAGAAGAGAAAAAGACAUUACCCUAUUUUUAUCAAUCCGAAUUACCUCCUACACCUUCUUCUUCUAAUUUCUCACUUUGCUCUAAUAAUGAAGACUGUUAUGAUCCAUUAUCAAAAGACAAAUCAUCUUUAUCAAUGAUAAUUCAUAAUUAUGGUACAAUAUCAUCAGUCAAUUCAGUUGAUGAAGAUGAUGAAGGACUUUAUUUAUCCUGGACACAUCAAUUAUUAAGAGAAAAUGGAUAUAAACCUUCUUCAUGUAAAUUACAAGAUGAUGACGAUGAUAGUAGCAUGAAUAGUAGUGUUACAAACAUUUCAAUACAAAAAAAUAUUAAAAGCAAUAAUUGGUUAUUUUCAUGCUUUUGUUAAUAAAUAUUGCGUAUAUGUUUAUACACAUAACAA